GUGCUGUUGUCGAGCCUGCUGUAAAUUGUCACACAGAGUGUAUGGUAUGACUGGUCUGAUUGUGGUAUUUGCUCAGGUCGGACACAGGAGUGACAGCUGGCCGUCAUGUUCCGGUGGCUCCUGGGCAGUAAAGAACCGCAGGGUGGAGUGGAGAAAACCACAGUGUUGAACAUUGGAGAAGAGCAGAUCCAGAAUCCAUACACCGAGCUUUCAGCUUUAAAAAGUCACAAUGAUAUAGUGCGUUUCCUUGUACAAGUGGAUGAAAACAGGUUUGCCUCAGCUGGUGACGAUGGAUCGGUUAUGGUUUGGGAUGUUCAGACUGGAGAAGUUCUCUAUGAGUUCCACGGGCACACUCAGAAGAUUACAGCUAUAGCUGUAUUUCCAACCAGUGAAUCGUAUCACAUGAAGACUGACCUGAUACUUACUGCAUCGUCUGAUAAGACUGUAAUUGCUUGGGAUUGUGAAAGUGGACUGCAGUGGCAAAAAGCUUCAAAUUUCCAUUCUACUGUAAAGGCCUUGCUAAUUGUGCAAAGCUUGGAUGUGUGGCUUUCUGGUGGCUCUGAGUUCCGGGUGUGGAAUCGCAAUUUCAACCUUUUGGGUGAGGCAGGAUUCUUUUCUGACGGAGGUAUUGUAGCGUUGAUUGAACUUCCCAAGCAUUGUGUGGCAGCCGCAGUUGGAAAAGAUUUGAUAAUCUUUAAAAUAGGCACUACGGUCCCGGGAUUGGAGAAAUUGGAUAUUUUUCAAAUUAAACGCCUUUCAGGUCACCAGGACGUUGUUCGGACUGUGAUAAAUGUCAAUGAGAUGACAUUUGUGAGCAGCUGUGAUGCUGGGGAGUUGAUUGUGUGGGAUGCUUUAGACUUCUCUAUCCAAGGUUGUGAAAGAAACUUCCCACACAUGUAUGCACAGCAAGACUCUCCUCCAGAGAGUAGACUGCUGCCGACACAAGAGGAGGUUUCCAUCCAACACCUGUCGUCUGAUGGAGAGUAUGUCUAUGUGGCGGUGGGAAGAGGAAUCUACGUUUACAACCUUCACACAAAGAGAGUGAUUGCUUUUCAGAGCAAUGCUCAUGACUCCAGUAUACAGCACAUGGCGAACAUUCCCAGCAGGCAGCUGGUUUCAUGUUCAGAAGACGGCAGUGUUCGCAUUUGGGAGUUAAGAUUAAAACCACAGCUCCAUGGAGAGUCUGUGCCAGCAGGUUUCUUCACUAUGUGGGGUUUUGGAAAAGGCAGUAAGCAGUACAAUCAAACCGUGAAGAAGACAAAUGAUGAUGGCAUUGUAGCUUCCUUGAACUUGAUUGGGGAUUUGAUUGGACAUUCUUCUUCUGUACAGAUGUUCCUGCAUUUUCAAGAUCAUGGCUUGGUCACAUGCUCAGCCGAUCAGCUCAUCAUCCUGUGGAAAGAAGGAAAGCGGGAAUCCAGAAUACGUAGCCUUAUGCUUUUUCAGAAAUUAGAGCAAAAUGGAGACUUGCAGCCUAGAUAUUCCCUCCACUAG